AUGGGUGUAGGUUUUAGGGCUGAGGCAGAAGAUUUGGAUACCUGCCAUCAGGACAUCCGGGAUAAGUACGAGCUGGGGAAAGUUCUCGGGAGCGGUUCAUUCGGCCAGGUGCGGGAAGCAAUUCUAAAGGAACUUCCCGACAAGGUCAGAGCCGUGAAGAUUAUUGAGAGGGAUGAUGAUGCAGAGGGUGGUGGUGAGUGGAGCAACAGCGCCAUGUUCCGGCAGGAGGUGGCAUUGCUCCAGAACCUGAAGCAUGACAAUAUUGUCCGCUUCUGGGACGUCUAUGAAGAUGUGCACUUCCUGUACGUCGUGAUGGAUCUCUGUCGCGGAGGGGAAGUGUUUUCGAAAAUCCUAGAGCUGCGGCGAUUCACAGAAGCGAACGCAGCAACUUUAGGGUCCCAAAUGCUGGCAGCCAUCGCUUACAUCCAUAGCAAGAGCAUCAUGCACCGCGACAUCAAGGCGGAGAAUUUUUUGCUUUCCGACAAAUCGCCAACCUCGGUCGUCAAAAUGAUCGACUUUGGGAUGGCCGUGAAGUUUGACCAUGGGAUUUGGUUCAAGGAGAUCUGUGGCUCUCCUCACUACUUAGCUCCGGAGCUUAUCGGCCAAAAGUACAACCAGAUGGUCGACAUGUGGGCCUUUGGCGUCCUGAUGUACCUGCUCAUGUACGGCCACUAUCCGUACGACUCCAAAAACACGCGGGACAUCAUGAUGAAGGUUUUGACCGAACCCAUCCGGUGGCAGACGAAGGCUAAGCUCUCGCAGCAGACGUUGGGCUUCCUCAAGCGCUGCUUAGAGCCGUCGGUGAGAAAGCGCAUGACCGCCGAGGACGGCCUCAAGCACCCUUGGAUCGUGGGGGCAGCGGCUCCUGACCCAGAGCUGGAGCGAGAGGUGUCGACCAAAAACGAGGAUGUUGAGGACUUGAACGAGUUUGUGCGUAGUGCGCAUCGCAAAGUCACAUCGUCCCGGAAGCAGGUGGAUCAAGAGGCGGAAACUCGUCGUACGGAGAUGCUCGAGAAGAUCAACAAGGAUUUCGAGAAGGGGAUUCGCCUGGGGAAUCGGCUUGGCGAAACGCCACAGGAGGACUUUAUGUCAAGGCCAGAGUUUGUACGACGCGACAACCGGCUAACCACUGCCCCGUCCAAAGCUGUGUCGGAAUCCAAGACAAAGGCCGCCACACCUGCGGCCCUCUCCUCAGACUGCAGUCCCCCCCCUUGUGUGUCCUGCGCAGAUGUCAUCAGGAUAGAGCUCCGACACUCGACACGCAGUGACAUUUAG